AUGUCUUCUGUCACGUCUUUCGCGAGUCUUUGUGACCCCUCUCAGUUCGGGUAUUCAUCGUUGUUUGGAGCCAAAUUCUCCUCGCUUCAAGCCAAACUGGUGACCAACUUCGCUCUCGAUGUUUCACUAGGUCCAGGGCAACCGAACCUGACAUAUUCUGAGGAAAACACCAAUUUUUGCAACGUGACGGUCACCUACACGCACCCAGGCUACGAGGAUGCCGUCUCCGUCGAGACCUGGCUGCCGGUGGACAACUACAAUGGCAGACUGCAGGCUAUCGGUGGUAGUGGCUGGGUUAGUGGCCGACACCCUGUAACUUACUGGAAGAUGGCUAGUGUUGCAGGUGAUGGGUACGCCACCGUUACUACCGACGCUGGGGUGGAACAAAAUCUGGCAAACCCAGAUCCUUGGGCUCUCGAGAGUCCAGGAAACCUCAAUCUAGUUGCCUUGUCGAAUUUUGGGCAUGUCGCACUCCAUGAUGAGGCUGUAAUCGCCAAAGAUCUGAUCAAACAACUUUAUGGCAAACCGCCUGCCUACUCCUACUUCAACGGGUACGCCUACGACGGCAUCAUGGCGGCCGCCCCAGCUAUGAACUGGUCCCCCUUCCUUAACCAAUUAACCGCUCUGGCGGUGUCCACUUGCGAGGAGUUAAAUCUUGCCAAAGGCGGGGUUAUCACUGAGCCUGAGGCCUGUCUAAUAACGUUCAAUCCUAAAAAGCAUGUCGGUGAAUGGUUCCAAUGUUCUGAUACUGAAUCAAAAAUGGAAAUCAGCGAAGCAGCAGCGAAUGUUGCACUGGCUACAUGGCAUGGGCCAACGUUUGCUAACGGGAGGUUCCUCUGGUACGGCUUCGACAUCGGGUCGGAUCUUUCAUCAAUUGGCCAAGAAUCCAUCGCAACAUGGGUUCGGGACUUUAUUCAAAAAGAUCCUACGUCUAAUGUCACGUCGCUCACCCGCAGUGGGUUCGAUACUUUCUAUCGGUCUCUGAAGUUUUCUUUCGGGACAAUGCUGGAGACUGGAGAGGUCGAUUUGAGUGAUUUCAGAAGAAAGGGGGGGAAGUUGAUAACGUUCCACGGUCUAGAAGUACUUGACUUUUCCAAUGGCUCAACUGCCAAUUUCUAUCAAUACUAUCGCGUUCCCGGCCUUCAACACUGCUCAGGAGGCGCAAGCAGCCCUCCACUUGAGCUGUUCAGCCAGCUACGACAAUGGGUAGAGAAUGGCACAACGCCCAACACACUUCAUUUCACGCAGUGGUCUCUUCGUGUAGACAGUCAGGCGUGGGUACAUGAUAUUUCUGUUUGA